CAGUCACAUACUGGCAAACCUCGGAACUCCGAAACAGGACAUGCAUUGUAUUUCAUUAUAAAAUUAAAUACACCAUGAACCGCACAAUUGAGCAGGUCCUCCUUUCUCUGCUCCCGACUCACAACUCGACCCUCCCGCAACCUCUCGUCGACUUGGCCAGCUCUCUUCUGGCUCAGUCAAGACACCGCGCCAGUACCCUCAAGGCAGAGGAGGAGAUUGCCCGUCCAUAUGCUUGCGCUCACCUGGCAUGCGACCGACUCAAAAUCAUCCUCAACCUGCCGCCGAUAGAACCCAGACCCCCAAUCCCUCCGCGCAUCUACAAGCGGCUCUUCAACCACCUCGACAAGAUCCUCCCGGCCUCAGGCUCUACCCCAAGCUGCGCCACUCCCAGCGGAACCGCCCUCGGCAGCGGCCGCACCAGGACCCCAAGCUCCAAGCUCCGCGAGCAACAACUCCUCGGCACCUCGCCGCUAGCCUCCAAAACCCGCCCAACCCCCACCAAGGAAAAGUCCCUCUCCGACCUUCGCAACGACACCCCAUCCUUCAAGAGACGUAAAGCCACAAUAACACCAGACGGCUUACCCCCCUGGAUCCGCCCCACCCUCCGCUACCUCCUCACCCACCUCGGCCCUGCUAGCAUCGGGCCCGUGGUAGCGUCAGGCUUGGAAUCCAUCGUCGCGCCCCACGGCAAGCUGACCGACGACGGCUGGGUGCGGGCCAAUCUCGUGCCCGUUCUCGGCACGCUGUAUCUCUUUGCCUGGCGCGGCGUGACGUGGCCUGAUGGGCAGCAGGUCGAACGGGAGCGCUACGUGCAGUUCCGGAAGGAGGUCGCGGCCUGUAUCGCAAAAGCCAGGGAGGAGGAGGUGGAGGUGCCUGGCGGGUGGGACGGGUGGGAGGAGGUCGGGCCGAGGGAGUUCGAUGCUGCUGCUGUGAGGGGCAAGAGGCAUGGGUGGUUUGAGAUGGAGUGGGCGAGUGGGGUGGGCGAUUUGGUUGAGAGGAAGAGGGCGAGGGAAGAGGAGGAUGCUACCGGAUACCAUGUUUCAGGAGAGGUAUGA